UCUUCCAGUCAAGCUUUUCUGGAGUGAUGACCUCCCUCCCAACACUAAACACAGAACCCACAGCCCACAAAAAGAGAGAUUGGAUCAACCAAAGAGAGGUACUAUCAUCAGACAGAGACAUCCAUCAAAUCCAAAUAAAAGAAAGAGUGAGUAGACCAUGACAUCGAUUCCGCUGGAACCGGAAUACCAAGAACAACUCUUGGCAGUGGUGCCCAAGUUUAGUGCAGCGUUGGGAUUACCCUCGUGCAUUCUGCUCAUGGCCGAAGUCUUUUUGGCACAUGGCUUGCACAAUCCGGCGCUGUCCAAGGGCGGGAAUCCUAUAUUGCGUUCGUUGGCGUUUGUGGCAUUCUUUCAAGCACUCGAUGCGCUGGGAUGGUUUUUGAGUACCUGGGCGGUACCCGCGGGUGACUUUGCCUACUCGACUGGGAAUAUACAGACAUGUGACUUUCAAGGAUUCCUGUUGCAAGUGGUGAUUGGCGCGCCGUUGUUUAGUUGUGCCAUGGCGUGGUACUUUUGGUUGAUUGUGGCACGAGGCAAGACGUCCCAAGAGUUGUUGGUGUACGAACGAUGGAUUUCUCCCAUUAUCGUUCUGUAUGCAUUUGGAUCGUCCUUUUUCUUGUUGGGCAAGAAAAUGUACAAUCACAUUGGAGCCGUCUGUUGGAUACAGGGAUCUCCGCCGGGGUGUGGCAAUAGCUCGUAUCGCGGAGGAGGCGAACCCUGCGAACGAGGCGACUGGGCGUGGCUCUACGGGAUGGUCAUGUUCUAUAUUCCUCUUUGGAUCUGUAUUCUACUCAUUGUCAUUUUCAAUAUCUCCAACUACGUGAAACUACGAAGAGACGGAGACUCUGGAGAAGCACGGUGGUUUGCUGCACAAUCGGGUCUCUACGCACUUGCCUUUGUCGUCACAUGGGCACCCUCCACGACCUGGUCCGGGUUGCAUUGGAAAGUCGACGGGGGAUCUUUUAUCGUGGACAUUUUGGCUGCGUGGUUUGAACCCCUCGGUGGCUUUUGGAACUUGCUCAUCUUUCUCCGCAAUCGACCGGCAUCGCGACGACGAGUCAUGCGACUCGUUUGUUGCGAAUGCUGUGAACCAAACGACGAAGAUCACGAUGCCAUCGAUGCCGAUGGACCACCUCCCAAGGAAGUACCACCUCCGCUCCCCAAGCAUUUCCGACGAAAACCCGGCAGUAGUGCGGGUGGUGGUGCUAGUGCGCAGAAUCGAUCGGUCGAUGGUUUUGAAGAUGAACAAGAAGAAGAACAACGCCACACGUCGGCACGACGAAACCGUCAACGACGACCCAGUGAUACCCACGAUGAAUCGGCGUCGAUGCUGGAACAAUCGCCGGAUGCGUAAGCAAAAGCAAGAUUUUCCUGUAUCAAUAAUAGAUACCGAUCAGAACGCCAACGACCUCCAAGGCGCGAACAUGGGAACGACUGGAAGGAUCCACUGUUUCAUUCAUAGCUACCGUACCGUACCAAACCGUACGGUACACGAGCUAAUCAAUCAUUGGCUAGCUGCAUACCGAGGACGUGCCUCCGAGGCGCUAUUACAGUACCGCACCGUACCGGUACCAGGGCGGGCAUUGCUGGACAGGAAUUGCAACGCAAUCCUACAGGCUACUGGGGCAAACUUUUAUAAUUCGAAUAAUACAGUUCAUUUAUUUC